CAAUUUGAUUUGAUUUGAUCCAUCAUCUGUUGCUAAUUCUCAGAUCGAAUCUUGUGUCUGGUCUGCAGCUCACUGCUGCAUAUAUGCAGUGCAGUGGAGGAGGGAGAGACACAGUACAGCCCUAGCUAUUUAAAGGUGCCUUAGUAGUUAGUACUCGACAUCUCUCCUCCUCCACGCACCAGAUCACACCAGAAACAAACAAGCAAGCAAGCAAACGAUAGAGCUAGCUAGCAGUAUGUCCAUGUCAUGCAGUUUGUGCGGCGCCAGCAACUGCCCACACCACAUGAUCUCGCCCGUUCUUCAGCAUCAUCAGCAUCAUCAGGAACACCGGCUGCGCGAGUACCAGUUCUUCGCCCAAGGCCACCACCACCACCACCACCACUUUCCUCUUGAUCCUCAGGUGCCAUUCUGCGGGGGCGCAUUCACCAGCACUAUUAGCAAUGCAACGAUCAUGACUAUUGAUACAGAGAUGAUGGUGGGGGCUGCCCAUAAUCCGACGAUGCAGGAGAGACAGGCGAAGGUGAUGAGGUACAGGGAGAAGAGGAAGAGGCGGCGAUAUGACAAGCAAAUACGCUACGAGUCCAGAAAAGCUUACGCCGAGCUCAGGCCACGGGUCAAUGGCCGCUUUGUCAAGGUACCCGAAGCCGAUGUGUCUCCAUCACCCCCAGCUUCGCCCUAUGAUCCUAGUAAACUUAACCUCGAAUGGUUCCGGUAGUGUUUUAUCAAAGUAAAAUAAGUUGGUUAUUGAUUGAACGGUUGGAGGAGUUAUGUUAAUUGACUAUUUCAAAAGGUCAGCAGACCAAUCAAAGAAAAUUUAUUUAUUGAAACAAAUAUUAUUAUGCUUUAUGUUAAUUUAAGCAUGUAAUUUGAGGAGGCUAGCUACUUAUUAGAUGUGUAUUUAUUGUAUGCAACCGAUUUAA